AUGUAUUCGUAUUCCGUACUCGCUCUAUUUGCAAUUUCAAUACAGAUUUUUCCAGCGGUAACUUUUCAUUUUAACAAUGACGACUUGUCAAAAGCGUUAAACGAAAACGAUAUUCGUCAUCCACGUUAUGGUCGCGUUGAUAAUCCGAAUAUACUUGCCGAAUAUGAUUGUGCUCUUCGUGAUUUUACCAUUGAAAUGGUAAACUACGUUGCACCAACCUCUUCCAAAGCCAACUGGACAACUCUCGCACAAAGCGCUCUGCAAAUCAGUCAAUGUCACAACACAUCACACUCUCUUCAUCCACCACCACCACCACUACUACCAACAUCUGCAUCGACGAACACCAACAAACUCAAAACAUCCUGUCAUCACUCCAUCUUUGUUCACCAUUCCCAAGGAAACGAUGCUUUCCACGGUUCCUUUCAGCAACCCAUGAAAACCAUCCAAGCUGCACUCCAUCGAGCUCGUCUUCAUCGUCAAAACACUCAAACAACACUUUGCAUCAUCAUUCGAGCUGGCACCUACUAUCUCGGUACCAACGCCUCUGAAUCAACAACUUCCAGCCAACGAGGUGUCAUUGCACUGACGAGUAACGACAGUAACAUCGUUAUUGAAAACUAUGAAGAUGAACGCGUUGUUCUGAGUGGUGGCACACUACUCGAUCUCAAAUGGUCAGUUCAUUCGAAGACAUCGACAGGUGCAAGCAUCAUGAAAGCACAGAUUCCAUCGUGGGUGAACGUUGAUGAAUUCAAUGAAUUGUAUGUGGACGAUCGACGAGCGAUUGUUGCCAAGUAUCCCAACGGCGAUCCAUCUACUCAAGGGCUGUAUGCNUACGCAGAUGAACGCGUUGUUCUGAGCGGUGGCACACUACUCGAUCUCAAAUGGUCAGUUCAUUCGAAGACAUCGACAGGUGCAAGCAUCAUGAAAGCACAGAUUCCAUCGUGGGUGAACGUUGAUGAAUUCAAUGAAUUGUAUGUGGACGAUCGACGAGCGAUUGUUGCCAAGUAUCCCAACGGCGAUCCAUCUACUCAAGGGCUGUAUGCAAAAGAUGCAGGCUUUUCGUAUGAUUCUCAAAGUUGGAUUGCACCAGUUCGGCAGUCGAGCGUUGAAAUUCACGUGGAAGAUCCCUACAGAAAUGGUACGGUGUUUCCUCAUUACCAACUUGGUGUCGGUGGUGGUGCAUCAGUGUUUGAUCCACCGUCGAACUUCUGGAGUACAGCAUCGCCCCCACAAGGUGACAAUUAUGUUGUUCCUCGUGGCCUAGUCGUCAAGGCUAAUGCUCUUCCUCAUCUUCCUCAGUGGUCGAACGCGUCCACUGGCUUCGUUCAUGCAUUCCACUCGGGCUACUGGGGAAGUUGGGUCUUUGAGAUUGCAUCGGCCAACAGUUCACAGAAUACCAUCAUGUUCGGCCGAGGUGGCUUUCAGGAAGCACGCGGCUCGGGCGCAGGCGGUGCAUUCUAUGUGUCGAAUGUUUUUGAAGAACUCGAUUCGGCGAACGAAUGGUUUCUGGACAAAACCACUCGCACUCUCUACUUCAUGCCCAAUCAAAGCAUGCCCACCGUGUUCGUUGCUAGUCAAGUUCCGUGUCUUAUCUCGUUGAGUGGCAGUAGCAUCAACGAUCCGAUCAGAAAUGUUCUCAUCCAAGGUCUGACGUUUACACAAACAAGUAACACUUACAUGAGAGAGUACAUGGUGCCGAGUGGUGGUGAUUGGUCUGUUCAUCGAGGUGCAACAGUGUAUUUGACGAACACACAGCAGAUCUCGAUCGUUCACAAUGUUUUCACUGAACUGGGUAGCAACGGCAUUGCAGUGAUUGACUACAAUGAAGAAAGUUCGGUGAUGCUGAAUGAGUUUGCAUGGCUGGGUGAUUCGGGCGUUGUUGUUGUUGGAAGCACGAAUGGAAUCGAUGGGUAUAGUAUGAAGAGUCAACCGACGAACAUGUUGAUCUCGUCGAAUCUGUUUCGUGAGACAGGUAUCUAUGUGAAACAGUCGUCGCCGGUGUUGAUCUCAGUGAGUCGAAGUGUGCGAGUAGUGGACAAUGUGAUGUUCAACAUGCCUCGUGCAGGUGUGAAUAUCAAUGAUGGUUAUUACGGAAAUCACACGAUUAGUGGAAAUGUGAUAUUUAACAGUGUUCGAGAAACAAGUGAUCAUGGCCCAAUCAACACGUGGGAUCGUCAAGUGUAUUUAUCAGAUGGUGCAGAAGCAGGUGUACCUUCCGUUUGGCAGCAUACAAGCUAUAUUCAUCAUAACCUUCUCUUUAACAACUACAAUUCUUUUUAUCCAAUCGAUCACGAUGACGGUAGUUGCUUUUACGAAGACAGUUAUAAUUUUCAAGUUUAUGGUGGAAAGAAGAAUUAUUUAGGUCAUUCGAAAACAGAUCACAAUGAAAUCUACGUGUAUCCCGAUACAAAAUCUAGUCAAGGCACAGGUGUUUGCAUCGCUGAUCAAGCUCCGUCAAAAGGAUCAAGUGGUUGGAAUGAAGUUUGGGUAGAAAACACUUGCAUACUAUAUCAAAGCCCCGUACCCUAUAAUAUCUGGUAUUGCGAUACGUCUAAUCUAUUCGUGCCUUACCUGGCUAAGAAUCGUAUCUAUGUUCCUGUAAGCACUCAAGUGGCAUUUAUCUGCAACGUUAAUGGUAGUAGUGCGCGUUUAAGUCUAGACCAAUGGCAGUCAUAUGGUUUAGAUCUUGGUAGCACGGUCCAGUCAGCACCGAAUAUAGAAACAAUUAUUGAUUGGGGUCGCGAAAUAUUACAACAUAAGAACUACUCCGUAGGUGUUGUAUUUUAA